AUGGAGGCCGAGGGCGGCGAGGAGAGCGCGAGGGUGCGGAAGAAGGCGAGAUCGAGAUGGAGGAAAGUGUUAUACGGAGGAGUGCAGGGCGAGCACGAGGACAACCACACGGUGUACAUGGACGACGAGGAUGAGGAUGCGGGCGGCGACGAGGAGCAGUACGUGUUUCUGAAGGAGAAGGUCGAGAACGCCAACUUCCGCGAGAGGAGUCUGUGGAUCGUGGUGCGCGACUCGGUGGCGGUGUCGCAGCAUGCGUGCGUGGUCGGGCUGGUCGGGACGGUGUGGACGCAUGCUCUGAAUGGCGACCUCGACGCCUGGACUCUGCUGCGCCUCGAUGCGCUCGUUCUCGUGCUCGGAUUUGCCACGCUCUUGCUCACGCACGACUCGAUCGUGCCUGCUUCUCUGGGUCGCCAUGCGUUCAAUUUCGCCAUGUUCGUCAUCGGCUUGUACAUCCUGGCGCCCAUUUUCCAGACUCUGACCAGGUCUUUCAGCUCCGACUCGAUUUGGGCGUCCACCAUCUGCCUUCUCCUCGUGCACCUUCUCUUCCACGAUUACACCUACACCACGGUGGAAACUGCUCCGUUCGAGGCUUCGGAUGAAGUGGUCACGAGCCUAGCUUCGCCCACGACGCCUCGAUCGCCCGAUCGAUCGGAAAGUACUCUCGCCACGAGGAGAUUGGCAUCGCCCAUCACAUUCUCGGCCAAUGUGUCCCUGAAUGCUUCGAUCAUAGCUUCUGUGUUAAUUGCUUCUCGCCUGUCGCACAGUCUGUUAGUGUUCGCCGUGAUGCUCUUUUCUCUGGAAUUCUUUCUUCUCUUUCCCCGCGUUGCGCACCAGAUGAGGCGACGAUCUGUCCACCUCCAUCUGGUUUUCUCUUGCCUCUUGAUCGCACUCACCUUGCUUCUCAUUUAUGCUGUCAAUUUUCUCGUUCUCGCAUUCUUCGUUAUAGUUCUUCUUUUCAUCACGGUUGUCUCGCCUUACGAGCUCAUCAGAAUUCAGAAGUAUAAACAUGAGAUCAACGGACCAUGGGAUGAGGCCAAGCUUUCUUUCAUAGUCGGUGACUAG